CCGGACCAGACCAGCACCAGACCCGGAGCAGACCAGCACCAGACCCGGAUCAGACCAGCACCAUGUCGGGCAUCGCGGCCACCCUGCAGCGCCGCCGGGACCGGGAGCAGGGUGUGGGCUCGUCCGGCCGGGCGGUGCAGCACCUGAACCAGAACUACGAGGCCCUGCGGACCCGAUGCCUGCAGAGCGGCCGCCUGUUCCACGACGAAGCCUUCCCGGCGCAGGGCUCCUCUCUGGGCUUCAAGGAGCUGGGCCCGGACUCCUACAAGACCCGGGGCCUGUCCUGGGAGAGACCCACGGAGUUGACCUCUGACCCCGAGUUCAUCAUCUCUGGAGCCUCCAGGACCGACAUCUGUCAGGGAGCUCUGGGUGACUGCUGGCUGCUCGCCGCCAUCGCCUCCCUGACGCUGAACAAGGACGUUCUGGCUCGAGUCGUCCCCCACGGACAGAGCUUCAGGGACGGAGAGUACGCAGGCAUCUUCCAUUUUCAGUUCUGGCAGUUUGGUGAGUGGGUUGACGUUGUGAUUGACGACCGUCUGCCGGUCAAAGACGGAGAGCUGAUGUUCGUCCACUCGGCGGAGGGGAGGGAGUUCUGGAGCGCCCUGCUGGAGAAGGCCUACGCCAAGUUGAACGGCUGUUACGAGGCUCUGUCCGGAGGAUCCACCACGGAGGGUUUUGAGGAUUUCACCGGAGGAAUCGCUGAGGUCCACGAGCUGAGAACACCUGAUCCUCAUCUGUUCCACAUCAUCCAGAAGGCUCAGAACCGCGGGUCACUGAUGGGCUGCUCCAUUGACAUCACGAGCUCAUCCGACUCGGAGGCAGUCACCUCUCAGAAGCUGGUGAAAGGCCACGCCUACUCUGUGACAGGUGCAGCUGAGGUGGAGUACCGUGGAAACAUGGAGAAGCUGAUCCGGAUCAGGAACCCCUGGGGUCAGGUGGAGUGGACCGGAGCCUGGAGCGACAACUCGGCUCAGUGGCGUCAGAUCAGCGACGAGGACAGAGAGCGUCUGAGUCAUCGCUCCGAAGACGGAGAGUUCUGGAUGUCUUUCGAUGACUUCCUGCGACAUUACUCGCGGUUGGAGAUCUGUAACCUGACGCCCGACGCUCUGAGCGACGACUCCGUCACCAGGUGGUCUCUGUCCAAGUUCGAUGGCAGCUGGAGGAGAGGAUCCACCGCCGGAGGCUGCAAGAACUUUCCUAACACGUUCUGGACGAACCCUCAGUUUGUGAUCAAGCUGGACGAGGAGGACGACGACCCGGACGAUGGAGAGAACGGCUGCAGCAUCGUGGUCGGUCUGAUCCAGAAGAACCGCAGAAAGAUGAGGAAGAUUGGAGAAGACAUGCACACGGUGGGAUUCGCCAUCUACGAGGUUCCUGAGGAGUUCUCCGGUCAGAGGAACAUCCACCUGAACAGGAACUUCUUCAUGCGUAACGCCAUGGCUGCUCGCUCUGAGACCUUCAUCAACCUGCGAGAAGUCUGCAGCCGGUUCUGUCUGCCACCGGAGUACCUGAUCUUACCGUCCACCUUCGAGCCGCAGAAGAACGGAGACUUCUGUGUCCGCGUCUUCUCCGAGAAACAGGCUGAGUUCCAAGAGCUGGAUGACCCCAUUGAGUCCAGAGUGGAGAAGAUUGAGAUCGAUGAAGACGAUGUGGACGAUCGGUUCAGAGGACUGUUUGGACAGCUGGCGGGAGCGGACUGUGAGAUCUCCACCUUCGAGCUGCAGAAGAUUCUCAACAGAGUGGUGACCAAACGUUCUGACAUCAAGACUGAUGGCUUCAGCCUCUCAACGUGUCGCAACAUGAUCAACAUGCUGGACAAAGACGGCAGCGGUAAACUGGGUCUGGUGGAGUUCAAAGUGCUGUGGACCAAAAUCGAGACCUACCUGAAAAUCUACCGUCAGAAGGACGUGGACAACUCAGGGACGAUGAGCUCCACUGAGAUGAGGAUGGCUGUGGAGGACGCAGGUUUCAGUCUGAACAACCCGCUCCAUCAGGUCCUGGUGGCUCGUUACAGUGACCCGGCUCUCACCAUCGACUUCGACAACUUUGUGAGCUGUUUGGUUCGUCUGGAGACCAUGUUCAACAUGUUCGAGAUGCUGGACAAAGAUAACUCAGGAACUGUUGAGUUCACCAUGAUGGAGUGGCUGAACGUGUCUAUGCUCUGAGGAACCAGGACCACCCUGAUCCGGAUCGACAGAACUGUCGUCCCUGUGGUGAAUGUUGAAUAGUAAUCAUGAGGGAGAGGGAUGGUUUAACAUGAUAAUCCAAGUUAUUGAUCAUCUAUAAUCAAUAUGUGUCAAUGGUUUAUUACAGCCUAUAAUGUAGUUAUAGUAAUGACAGUUUAUAUUAUAUAUCAUUAACUAUCUGUUUAUAUACAAACACUAACAACUACAUUAUAGUCGCUCAUAAACCUGUAAUGUUUAUGAACUGAUUAUACGAUGAAUGCUGGGUUCUGGUUGGUCAGAAUGGUCCUUGAGUCUUUGUUUUCUGAUGCCUUAAUAGUAAUAACAAUCUGUUAACCUUGUUAUAGAACUGUUAUUACUGCCUUAAUAAAAAUAAAGACAAUAAAU